AUGUUACUUAUUCCCCCAGAUCCCCAGAUCACUAGCCGUAGGUUUAGUCCACCGCUCCAUGGUAAGACCAGAGAUGGGACAGUGGGAGUGACAGCUCAGCAUGAGGACAGUGGCCCCCAGAGUACAGGGGACAUUCCUGCUGAGUUCAGGCCCACCGACAGCCCCAACUUUCUGGUGUCAAGCCUCCCCGCACACUGGCGUUGCAACAAGACUCUGCCACGUGCCUUCACGGUGGUUGCCCUGGGUGAUGUAAGUGACGGUGUUCUAGUCACAGUGAUGGCAGGGAAUGAUGAGAACUGUUCAGCUGAGCUACGGAACGCCACCACACUGAUGACAUCACACACAGCACGCUUCAAUGACCUCCGCUUUGUAGGACGCAGUGGGAGAGGUAAAAGCUUUAAUCUGACCAUAACCGUGUUCACCAGUCCUCCCCAGGUGGCCACGUACCACAGAGCUAUCAAAGUUACUGUAGAUGGACCUAGAGAGCCACGCCGUCACAGGCAGAAGCUAGAGGUGGGUCCAAAAACAGGGCUUUUCAGGGUUGCCAUGCCGAUGCAGAGUCUCCGCCCCCUCAACAACAUCACCAACCCUCCAACAAGAGCCUUCCCUCUCUCAGACUCUAGGCCCCUUUCCUCACCCCCCUGGACCAAUGAUCAAUCUUACCCCUUCUCAUCCUCAAGAACCACUGGCCUCUCAGGUGUGUGUGAGCUGGCUGCUGGGUUUGAUCGCCCGUUUCCCCCCCUCUCCUCAUUCUCGUCCACUCCCAGAAUGCACUUCUCGUCCUUCCCUUACUCCGUCACCCCCUCCACCCCCAUACCUCCCCCACCUUUCCCCACGCUCACCCCCAUUCCCACAGUGGACUCUUCCAGCCCAGCAGCAGCCCCAUCCUCUACUAUGGAGCCUCUGCUGGGACCAACCACUACAUCUCACUGCCAGAGGGGGACAGGACAAACCACUUUACCUCUGGGCCGGGAGGAGACCAGGCCCCCACUGCCGCGCUGGCCAAUCAAACAGAGGUCAUAA